AUGUCCCUGGCGGAGCGGCGGCGGCGGCGGCAGCAGGAGGAGGAAGAGGAGCGGGAAGGGGAAGCAGGGGAUGGGGCCGGUGCCGGGGAGGAGGUGGUGCAGAUCCGGCUGGGGGACAAGUGCUACCCGGUGUGCAAGAGGAAGCUGAUCGAGCAGAGCGACUAUUUCCGAGCGCUCUACCGCUCGGGCAUGCGGGAGGCAGGGCAGGGUCAGGAGGAGCAGCUGCUGCGCGGGGGGCUGAGCGCCCUGGGGCUGGAGCUGGUGCUGGACUUCAUCAACACGUCCUGCCUGGCCAGGCUGGAGCAGGAGGAGGGCGGCGAGGAGGAGCCGCCGCUGCUGGAGGAGCUGGUGGAGGCCGCGUCCUACCUGCAGGUCACGCCCCUGCUGCGGCUGCUGCUGUCGCAGGUGCGCCUGGGCAACUGCUUCGAGCUGCACCGCCUGGCGCAGGUGUACGGCCUGCAGGACCUGCACGACGCCUGCCUGGACUUCAUGGCCGCCCACUACCACCAGGUGCUGCGCAGGCCCGACGCCCGCCCGCACCUCCUGCUGCCCCCGGCGCUGCAGCAGCAGCUGCGGGAGCGGCGCAUGAGGGGCACGGCCACCCUGGUGCUGCUCGGGGACUUCAUGGGCGCCUGCCCGCCCGGGCUGCCCGCCGGCUGUCACCCCGCGGGGGACGCGCCCUGGGCCAUGCUCCGCUACGACGAGGAGGCGCAGCGGUGGCUGCCGCUGGCCAACAACCUGCCCGCCGACCUGGUGAGCGUCCGCGGCUACGGCUCGGCCACGCUGGACAAUUACCUGUUCAUCGUCGGCGGCUACCGCAUCACCAGCCAGGAGAUCUCGGCCGCGCACUGCUACAACCCGUGCCUGAACGAGUGGAGCCAGCUGGCCUCGAUGAACCAGAAGAGGUCCAACUUCAAGCUCCUGGCUGUCAGUGGAAAGCUCUAUGCCAUUGGUGGCCAGUCCCUUUCCAAUGUGGAGUGCUACAACCCGGAGAAUGACUGGUGGAAUUUUGUGGCGUCCAUGCCAAACCCUCUUGCAGAAUUCUCAGCUUGUGAAUGCAAGGGCAAGAUCUACGUUAUUGGAGGAUACACUGCACGAGGCAGGAACAUGAGCAUCCUGCAGUACUGUCCCACUUCUGAUUCCUGGACCAACUUGGAGCUGUGCGACGUGCACGUGCGCAAGCAGCAGAUGCUGUCUGUGGAGGAGACCAUCUACCUGGUGGGGGGCUGCAUCCUGGACCCCGGGCCCAGCCACAGAUCCAGCCCCAGCGAGGACGUGCUGACCGUGCAGUCCUACAACAUCGCCACCAAAGAGUGGCUCUACCUCAACGAGAACUCAUCCAAAUCCGGCCUUAACUUGACUUGCACGCUCCACAACGAUGGAGUCUAUAUCUUGAGUAGGAAUAUUACUCUGUCUUCCAGCUUGGAGCAGCGUCUCUUCCUGAAGUACAACAUCUUCACGGACACUUGGGAGACCCUGGGGCGCUUCCCAGCCUUUGGACAGAACAUUCUGAUCUGUUCUAUGUAUUUGCCUGAUGGGCGAAAAGUGUGACAGCACAAGGGUUUUCUUUUCAGUUCAUUAAUGGUUUUUUGAUGAAAUACUGCUGCCUUUGAAUAAUUCCAUUUUAGAAUGUAAUCCAGCUGCAUAAUGCAGGCAUAAAAUACUGAUUCUAUUCUCUAAAAUGGUUUCAGAAUUCAGUAUGAAGAGAAAUGCUUCCAGAAACAGUUUUAAGAUGUGGAUUUGAAAAUUUUACUAGUUUGGAUUAAAAUUUCACCAGGUAUUGUUUGCAAUUUCAGCGUAAAAUUAUUAUGUUGGCAACUGAUACAGGAGUUCCAAAGGCAAAACUGAUCAGUCUGGUUUUAUUCUUUGUCUUAGUAGACAGUGUAGAACAAAACAUAAACCUUUUAAAAGUGGAAACAAUUUAAUAAAGUAAAUAAUAAGUAUAAUCAAAAUCACAACAGGAUUUAUUUCUUUCAAAAUACAGUUUUUACUCAAGCAAGGUUCUGUCAAAUGCACACUGUUUUAGAUUGCUUAUACUAUCUCAUUUUUAUCUCUUCCAUGGCAGCAAGCGAGAUUCUCAAAGGUGCCAGCAAAUGGGGUCCCAUCAAGAACUUUCUCUGAAUUAUUUGUAGUGCAAUGCUUUGCCAGGGACUGGUAGGAAUUACCUGGGGGCUACAGUCACUGAUUGGAAAGUAGCUGCUCCUUUAAUGGAAGUUGGCAGCAUUUCUUUCUACUAAUAAGAUAGAAGUAAAAAGGCUCU